AUGGCUGCGUUGCAGAACAUGGUUGCUGAUAUGCAGGCCACUGCUGAGGUUAAUCCGUCAAAAUUCAAGGGAACCACCAAUCCGACCGAAGCCGACACUUGGUUUCAAGCUAUGGAGCACACACUGCAAGCGCAGUUGGUACCUAAAAAGCAGUGCGUCGAGUUUGCUACUUAUCUGCUUACUGGGGAAGUGUCACACUGGUGGCAGGGAACCCGACAUCUCCUACAACAUGGUGAUGAUCCUAUCACCUGGGAUGCUUUUCAGGAGGAAUUUUACAAGAAGUACUUUUUGAACUCCGCUAGAACGGCCAAGGAAUUGGAGCUACUGCAGCUAAAGCCGGGUGCUAUUUCUGUAUCUGAAUAUAUAGACAAGAGGGCUCCGAAGCAAUAUCUACAGUUUAGUAGGGCCUAUGGAGAUCAGGACUUUCAUAGUAAGGGCAGAGUUACCGAAGAGUGUCUGAAGAAGGCAGCUGCAGAAAGAGGAAGUCAUAGGGAAUCAUUCCCACUGAACCGAGGGAAGAGUUUUGCUCCUAGAGGUCUGCCCUUCAAGUGGGAAGGUUUUACACCACAAAGAACUCAGGGUCAAAAUAACUUUAGGAGGCCUAAUAACAACAAUGUUCCAGGGAGGAGAUUUAGGAAGCAGCCUCAGAAUGAGCAGAUGUGUGCUAGAUGUGGGAGUUACCAUCUUGGUGUUCCGUGCAAGGCCGGCUAG